AUGCCUCCCGAUUCAGCAGUCACCAUGGCCGACGCCGAAGUCGACCUCGACGACGAGCAAUACGACUCCACCGACGACGAGGACUUCACCCUCGACCAAGCGGCCGACGAAGACGACGCAGAGCUCUCGUCUUCAGACGAUGAGGGAGAAACUGCUGCGACGGGCGAGCCCGCAGCGAAAAAGAGGAAGAAGACGAAAGCUAAGACGGGCGAUGUGGCGGCGGGGCCGGAAGACGCGGAGCUGGAUUCUGGCGAUGAGGCUAUGAUUCGGAAGGCGGAGAAGAGGAAGAGGAAGAGGAAGGCUGGGAAGAAGGGUGCUGCUGCUGCUGAGGAUGAUGAGGAUGAUGUGGACUUUGAUGAGGAUGAAGGGGGGACUGGGGGAUUUGUGAGGACGAGGGCGAUGAAGAUGCGGAUACAGGAAGAGCGGAAGCCACUCGCGAGGAUCGACGGAGCUACAAUUGAUGUCGAUGCGCUAUGGGCUCAAAUGAACGUGCCUGACUCAGAGAUUGGACAAGCUCCAUCACAAGAGACAACGAAGCAAGACGAAGCGCCACCAACGAACGACGUCGAGAUGCGCGACCAGGAGAAUGUCACGCAACCAAGCGCAACAGCGCAAGAGAAACGAUCGCAAACCCAGUACCCCGACGAGAUGGUAAAAAUCAAACGCAAAUACAAGUUCGCCGGCGAAAUCAUCACCGAAGAUAAAGUUGUCCCUCGAGACUCGGCGGAAGCGAAACUAUUCUUCUCAGGCGGCCAAGACGGUGAAGCAGUAGAAGCAACAGGAAAAGACAUCGCGACGGGCAACGCUGCCGCAAGACACACUAUCAGACUCCGCCGCCCGCUGCGCAAAGUCUCUCGUUUCGACCCUAACCCCACGGGGGCAAUCAAGAAGAGCUGGGAGAAACAGCCUGCUACCGAAGCCGGCCAGGGGGAGAACGCCCGCGGACCGAAGAUCAAUACUGUCGAGAAGUCGCGGCUGGAUUGGGCUAAUUAUGUUGACCGUGCUGGUAUCAGCGACGAACUUAGAGUCCAUAGUAAGGCGAAGGAGGGCUUCCUCGGCCGUAUGGAUUUCUUGGACCGCGUCGAUGCUGCGAGGGAGGAGGAAAGAAGGAAUGCGAGGUUGAAGGGGGUAUGA